AUGUGCUUGCCGACAGUAUGUUGCUUGCCGGACAGUAUGUGCUUGCCGGACAGUAUGUGCUUGCCUGGCAGUAUGUGCUUGCCGGACAGUAUGUGCUUGCCGGACAGUAUGUGCUUGCCUGACAGUAUGUGCUUGCCUGACAGUAUGUGCUUGCCUGACAGUAUGUGCUUGCCUGACAGUAUGUGCUUGCCUGGCAGUAUGUGCUUGCCGGACAGUAUGUGCUUGCCGGACAGUAUGUGCUUGCCUGGCAGUAUGUGCUUGCCGGACAGUAUGUGCUUGCCUGGCAGUAUGUGCUUGCCUGACAGUAUGUGCUUGCCUGACAGUAUGUGCUUGCCUGACAGUAUGUGCUUGCCUGACAGUAUGUGUUCUUCAAUACAGAGAAAUUUGUGUGAAUAUGUGACUGAAACAACCUGUAUGGUUGGAAUGACUUGA